AAAAAUAUUAAUUAGAUAUUUUAAUUCCAUUUUAAGCCAAAAUUUAGAAGAUAAUGAUCAUUAAUAAAAUUAGAGUGCAGUGAUCAAUAGGCUAUUACUAUUUAAUAGCCCAAGUUUUCAAUAUUUACGAUGAUGCUUCCCUCAAAAUUAAUUAAUAUAUAAAUAAAUUUAUGCGAUAUCUAUGAUUACAGUUGAUUAUUUCAUUACCUUUAAUUACCAUACCUUUUAUAUUACAAAAGUUAAGUAAAAAUAUAUUUAUUACUAUCUAAGUGCAAAUCAAUCAGAUUGAAUGCAUUAAUUUAAUGCUUUGCACAAAAAAAUUCCAAUGAUCUUCAUUUUUACACGCCACAAUGAUGCAUCGAUCGGAUAAUCUUUUUCGAAACUGUAUUUAAUUAAGAUGUCGUUUAUAAUAAAACAUUUAUUUUAAACAUUAUUUCAUUUACUUAACGAUUAUUAAAUCUUAGUGUUUGAUACUAUAUUUGAUGAAUAUUUAUUUUAAAUGAGAAGUAUUAGCGAAGUGGAUCAAAUUUCAUCAACAGAUGGCAGCACUAUUUUAAUAUAAACUAUGUCGGAUGUUGGCUACUUACUUAAAAAACUUUGUGCCUCUGGGCUUAAACGGAUGCAUUAAUGGUUCAUUCCGAGAAAGGCAUUUUUGAAUUAAAAGUAGAAUAUGCCAGAUGCUGUCGAUCGUAAAACGAUUUAAUACAACUUAAUGUUAAUAUUUUCGAUUAGAAGUAAAACUUUAGUUACACUGACCGGUGUUAGUCUCACGUUAGUUGUUUCCAAGGUUGAUCACGUGUUCAUAGAAGCCCUAACGGUUAGAAGUGAAUUGUGGGAUAGGUCGUGUGUUUUGUAGUGUCAAGGGUGUGUUGCGUCUGGAUUAUCUAUCGAUUGGAUAUUCCCGCUAAAAGUGUGUGAGCUGUUAUGACCGACGACAUGCUAUUCAAUGGACGAUUCGGAGGAAACAAGAUUACGAAAGUACUUUUCGCGCAAACUCAGAAGUUAUCGUGAUAAGAGAUGUCUUUACCUUUCCGCCAAUGACCCCUGUCACGUGUCAGAAGAGGCGAGUAACAGUCACCCUCCAUUUCGAGGGAACACGCUUCAAUUCCCUGCUCCAGUAGGAAAUUUAAGAAAUCCAUCAAAAAGAGAAUUUCCAGGUGCCAGACAGUCGGACUAUAUGAGUCCUGGAAAAUUUCCAGUCUUCUGUAUCAAUACUACGACGAGCCAUUUUCCGGAAAAACUGGAACAAACUGGAGAAGUUCCGGAACAAAGUGUAAUUUGGAGGGGACAAUGGGAUGAUAAAUGGAGAAGACGGACACUUGGGACAGAAACGACUUUCCUCGAUUCCGACUGGACAAAUGGUGAUCGAUACAGAAUGGAAAACGCUGUCGGAAAACUAGAAAAGGCACGGAAUUCCGUAAACGGCAUCAGAAACGGUUGUCAGUGCGUUAACGAAUAUUACAUAGCUUCCAGUUGUGAAAGGAUAGAUCGAACAAUAACCGAUCGAAUGUGUAGACCUAACAGAUUCGAAACAGGCAUUUCCGCACGGCUGGAUCUAUGCAGGUGUACAGGUCCGAAGUCUCGACCGGACUGUACAAAUCCGGAAUUAUGCAUAGGAAGGGCAUCAUUGCAAUUGAGAAAUAAUCCAAUAGAUGGCGCUAUGUAUACGGACGACAAAGUUGGAAAUGUUAGUAAUUUACACUUUCCGUCUAAUUCUGAAUUGGAAAGAAAAACGGGUAAUUUUCAAAAGGUGAAUGGUUUCGAAACCAAAAUACGUUCGCCCGUUACAAGUUGGCGGAAACUGUCCAAGAAAGAAUCAUCACUUCGACAACAGGAAGAAAAUAGGGUAGUUUGUCCUGUAUGGGAGAAUCGAUGGAGAAAAAAAGCGGAAAGAAGUGACGAUAAGAAUAAAAGACAGCAAGAAAUAGAGAACAAUAAGAUUGAACAAGAUAGUGUAUUAGAAGAGGACCAAGAAAAUCAAACAAACAUUAUUAUAAUGGGUGUUGGGACUGCCAACAGUAGUGCUCAAAGUGUUCAUCAGUCAGAUUUAUCAGAUAUAAAAGAUAUUUCCUCAAAUGAAACAUGUGUCUUAUCUCAAUCCAAUACUCAUUUAGAAAUGUGUAAAACUGCAAAAGAAGAUCCAUCAUCACUUAGGAUUAUACAUGAGAGGACCUCUUCUCAUUGUGAAAUAACACCAGAAUGUCGAACUAGUAGUGAGGAUGAUGUUAGUCAAGAUAUUUAUAAUAGAAGAAGGCCAUGGUCUCACAUAUAUGGUGAUGUUGAAGCUGAAAGAAUUUUUAAUCCUCCAUCCAUUCGAGAUACUGCCCCCAGUUUUUGGAGAAGGAUGAGUAUUUCUGGUGGAUCACAACCUACCCUUAUAGCAGAGGAACCACCGCCUUCUAGAGAAGUACCAUCGGGACUAUUAUCUAGGUACUUUACUCUUCGUACAUCUACCCCUCAGCUUUCUUCAGUAGACAGUGUAUUAGAAAGGUUCAGAAAAAGUUUUAACUUUAGGUUUCAGAAAUCAAAAAAUAAGCAAACUGAUGUGUCAUCAUCUGAUAUUAGUAGAAAUCAAGAGUAUAUAACACCAUGUAAUUCUCAUCAAGAUUAUAUAUGUCGAGAUUUAUCAACUUCUACUUGUUCUAAAAAAUCACCUAAAAAAUCUAGUGCUAAUAAAGAAAAUGUCAAAGUUGGAUUCCGAAUAGGUUCAUUAAUUUUAAGAUCUUCUAGAGAAGGAAAGAAGAAUAAGAAGUUAAACGAAGAACUAAAUGGUAAAAUGGAUGAUACAGACAGUAAAAACAAGAAUUGUAUAUUGGAGAAAUACCAUCUCUGAAAAUGUGCAGCCCAAGCAUAUGUUUGCUUUGCCAGUGCCUAGAGCCAUUUACUUUAUAAUAACUAUAGACAACCCCUAUCAUUAGUGCAAAAAUUAUUUAUCAAUUGUCAACAUGCAUAUUUUAUAUAUAUUAUAUACUUAUUUGAAGAGAGUAAAAAACAAUGCAUAUUGUAUGUAUUAAUAUAAACUAGUCUCACACUAUGAGCACAACAGAACAAUAAUUAAUAGUUCUAUUUUAAUAGACAAAAAUGUUAAAUCACAAAUUGACAGAUUUGGAUAUAAGUAUUAGGUGAUAUUGAGAACAUGUGAGAUAAGUAAGAUAGUUAUUAUUGCACACACAACCAUCAGUAGUAACUUACAUCUGCAACUAUCUACCACAAUUAGGGGUUAAGGAUUAAUCACAUAACCUUCCUUGGAUAAAAGCAAAGAAAACCUCAAAAGAAGAUGCCAAUCAAGAGACAAUAUGAAAAUAUUGUAGAUCAUAGUUUUACUGUUGUUUUUUAUCAGGGAUACUUAAAGUUUUUUAUGUAAUAUUUUUAGAUUUCUUUUUGUUACAUUAGCAAAUAUUUUUAAUCAAUUCCUGGAUAAUAUUGACUUAUUCUCAUCCAGGUAUUCAUAGCUGUUGGACACAAUGAAAUAUAGCCAUUUUCACUAUUUGUGUUAAGAUGUUGUAUUGUGUAUUUUAGUUUAUUUUUGCUACUACUAUUAUUAUUUUGUAUUUUUUCUAUUUUCAAUGUGCAGAGUUCAUUAGUGUGAAAAAAUACUGUGUAGUUCUGAACAAAAACUUAUAAAUCAAUAUUGUUUUAUACUACUGCAGUGAACUGGUUAAAUUAUUUGAAUCCUACCACUGGACUUGUUCAAACUUGAUAUCUUACGUAUAUAAUGUAAAUGAUAUAAAAAAUUGUAUAUAUUAAUAUAGCAA